CUUGAGCAAAGAAACUUGGUUAUAAAAUGACCAACCAGUUUCAUGUAUUUAGUAGAAAGUAAAAUGAAGAAUUUAUUGAAUAUCAUAACUAUAAUCCUUUGUGUUUUGCUCAGUUGGGAAUAUACAGAUGGAGUUGAAAAUAGAGCGAGUGGGGAGAUUUCUUUUCACAGAAUUCAAAUCAGCUCUCUUUUUCCAUCACCAUCAUCAUCAUGUGUUCUUUCUCCAAGAGCAUCUAAUACCAAGUCGUCGCUGCACGUGAUGCACAGACACGGCCCAUGCUCGAGUCUAAGCAGCGAGAAAGCCACGACAAGUCCCGACCAUGACGAGAUCCUCAGACUCGACCAGGCGCGCGUAAAAUCAAUUCACUGGAAGCUUUCAAAGAAGCUAACAGCCAGAGACAGACUCAGUCAAAGCCAGUCAACGGUUCUACAGGCGAGAAGUGGAAUAACACUCGGUUCAGGAAGCUACAUCGUGACGGUCGGAAUCGGGACGCCGAAACACGAUCUGUCUCUGCUCUUCGACACAGGCAGCGAUCUGACGUGGACUCAAUGCCAGCCAUGUGGUAAAAAUGGAACGUCUUGUUAUCCACAAGAGGAGCCCAUCUUUAACUCUUCUUCGUCUUCUUCCUACUCCAACGUCCCCUGCUCAUCGCCGUUGUGUGAUUCUCUCCCUUCCCAAGGUGUCUAUAGAAACUGCUCGGGUUCCAGCUGCUUCUACGUUGCCGGUUACGUGGAUGGUUCCUCCACCUCCGGAUUUCUCGCCAAGGAGAAAUUUACUUUAACGAACACCGAUGUCUUCGACAAACUCAACUUUGGCUGCGGUGUGAACAACCAAGGAUUCAAAGGUAUCGCCGGCCUUCUCGGGCUUGGCCCCGGCACACUCUCAUUUCCAUCGCAGACGGCAAUGACGUACAAUAAUAUAUUCUCCUACUGCCUCCCUUCUUCCAAAGAGUACACUGGCCAUCUCACUUUCGGGUCCGGUGGAAUAUCUAAUUCCGUCAAAUACACUCAGAGUUUCACACUCCUAGUGAAUUCAGGGGGAUCCUUUUAUAGCCUCGAUAUCGUAGGCAUCUCCGUCGCCAACAAGGACCUGAACAUCCCUUUAGGAGUGUUCUCUAAUGCCACUGCUAUAAUCGACUCUGGUACCACGAUAACUCGCCUACCACCCGUGGCCUACGCGGCACUACGAACCGCGUUUAAGGAAAAGAUGUCGAAUUAUAAGACCACGUUGGGACCACCGCCAUUUGACACGUGCUACGAUUUCACCGGCUUGAGGACUAUGAGCAUCCCUAAAAUCUCCUUCUCCUUCGAUGGCGGCACCGUUGUGGAUCUUGACUCAAAAGGGGUUAUGUACAUGUAUGGUAUGUCCAAGGGUUGUUUGGGGUUUGCAGGCAAUACCUACAAUAAUAAUGUUGCCGUUUUCGGGAGCCUUCAGCAAAAGACGCUAGAAGUUGUGUACGAUGUUCCGAGCGGGCGGCUCGGGUUUGCUCCCAAUGGUUGUCGUUGAUGAGAGACAUAAUUAAAUUGCAAGUGACAGGAAAUGGUUGACCCACUACGUCCCCCAUUAGCCGAAGACCAACUCCUUUUAUUGUGUGUUCUUCUGAGACUCAAGGUACACUACAAGAAAUAUCGGUAUUAAUAGCACCCGAUAAACGCUAUCAUAUCGUUUUCAUAGCGUUUCGAAGAACGCCGUGACAGCCGCAGCUAUAAUAGACCCCCUCUAGCGUAGCGUUUUUCGCGUGUUGUAACAAUAUACAGAUAUUAUAGCGUUGG